CACAACUACACCAGAAGAAAUGGUUUGCUUCAACAACCCAAAAAUGCUCUGUAAUAAUCACUGAGCUGACAACAAUGCGCCAAUCACGCAUUUCUGCACUCUGACUUCUAUCCUCUGUAAACACCCUUAAUGCUUAAAACCCAUAGCUUAUCCAUUAAUUCGAAACAGAUAAAACAAAGAGAAGGUUUCUCAAAUGGGGGAGGAAGGAGGAGAGGAGUAUCUGUUCAAGAUUGUGGUGAUCGGAGAUUCGGCCGUCGGAAAAUCCAACUUGCUGUUGCGGUUCGCCAGAGAUGAGUUCGACGGCAACUCCAAGGCCACCAUCGGAGUGGAGUUCCAGACGCAGACGGUGGAGGUGGACGGAGGGAAAGUGGUCAAGGUCCAGCUCUGGGACACCGCCGGCCAGGAGCGGUUCAGGUCCGUCACGUCGGCGUACUACAGAGGCGCCGCCGGAGCUCUCAUUGUCUACGACGUGACUCGUACGGACACGUUUGAGAGCACUAGACGCUGGAUUCAAGAGCUGAACAGUCACUGUGACACAGCAGAGGUGAAAAUUCUAGUAGGGAACAAGUGUGAUUUGGAGGGAAUCAGAGAAGUGAGCAUGGAACAAGGUAAAGCCCUUGCAGAAGAAGAAGGGCUGUUCUUUAUAGAAACCUCAGCCUUGGACUCUACAAAUGUGAUUGCAGCCUUUGACAUUGUGACAAGGGAGAUAUAUAACCACCAUGUUUCCAGCAGAACUAAUCUUUUCUGCUCCAAUUCUUAUAAGCCCCAACUAUCUGCCAAUCGCGUCAGCCUUGCUGGCAUUGCUCUUUCAAAUGGAACUCUCAAGAGCAAAUACAUGACCACAUGUUGCUCCAUAUAAUUUUUUGCUUUUUUUAUACAGUAUACGUUUCCCUCUACAUUUCAAAGAGAAAUACUAUCACAUACACCCUUUAUCCCAUUACUACUAUUCAUUCAUAAGUAAAAGUAAUGAUCAUCAUUAUUCUUACCUUAAUUUUUUAUAAAUUCUUUUAAAGUUAUUUAGUCC